AUGUCCUUCUUUUCAAAGCCUUUGAGCAAAGGUAAACCGGAAGGACAGCCAGAAGAGGGUGCUGCCUUCCUCGCCCGGCUUGCUGCGAUCAAGUUCCCACCAGAGGCCACUGCGCAGCCUCGCGACGAUGUCGACUCUGCGUUGUCUCCAAGCCUGAAGGCGAGUGAGCCUACGGGUCUUGCAAGUCACGAGGAAGAUCUGCGCCGCGUAUGGGCUCAAGCUCGCACGAGCCUAGAGAUCAAAGCCUUGGCUCCAUGCGUCGGCCUAGUCGAUGUGCAUGGCGAGGCAACCGCGGACGCCAACGGAUCCAUCUUCAAGACACGAAGACGUCUGGUCGAGGCAGAUGCAUCGAGUCAGCAGCCCAAAAUUGUCGCUAUUCCCGGUGGACCACGCACCAAUCCCACACGCACGGAUGCUCAACACGUGCUCCCUCUGCCUGAGUCGGAUCGCCGGCCGCAUGGAAGCCCCGCCGUUGCGAGUCAAGAUGAAUUUCGUGAGGCUUUCAACAUACUGACCGAGAACGCCUUCGCGCUGCUGCACGAAAAGGACUGGCAAGGGGUGCUCGUCGCCGGCGGGUCGGUGCUUGCGGCGCUUACGCCGCUCCCACAAGAGUGCAAAAAGUCCAGACGCGAACUACGUCGUUACUUGCACGAACGUGGGCCCUGCCGUGGCAGCGACAUUGACGUCUUUCUGUACGGAAUGGCCGAUGACGAGACUGCCAAAGCAAAGAUCGCUCGCAUCGCUCAGCUCAUCGCCGACGCAAUUCCGUGGGAUAUCACCUGCAUUCGCUCCAAACAUGCCAUCACUCUGGUAAGCCAGUACCCCCACCGUCACGUGCAGUUUGUUCUUCGACUCUACUCUAGUCCAGCAGAGAUCCUGAUGGGUUUUGAUGUCGACAGCUCCGCAGUCGGUUUCGACGGCAAGCGAGUCUUGGCCGCACCUCGAGCCUUGAUCAGUCUGAUCACCCAGAGUAACACUGUUGACAUGACAAGACGCUCUCCGUCAUACGAGGUGCGCCUAACCAAGUACGCGGAGCGCGGCUUUGAGAUCUACGUGCCUCAUUUGCGCCGCGCCGACAUCGAUCCCUCUAUUUACGAGCGCACACCGCUCGGCAUCAAAGGCCUCGCACUAUUGCUAGUCCUUGAGAAGAUGAGGAGCCAGAACGACAGAGAUGCUUUCUUGGAUCAGCGCCGCAAGGACAGGUCCCGACCAGAGCUUUCCUGGCAGCAAAAGUGGUCUCGCCAACGCAAUACCCUUUCAGGUGAUUUGAAGAAGGGGACUGAGCGAGGACAAUGGCUUGCAAGCCUUGCAACGUCCAACUACGAUGCUCCCAGCACAGCUUUUCACUUGCCGUAUGGUCCCAGAUGGCAGGCCGCUCGAAUCGAAAAGCUGCUUUAUCGGACCGAUGUUGUAUUGAACGCAGCGUGGAACGAGAAGAACAAACCCCUCCUUGGUCUACACAGACACCCCGCGUUCUUUGGAACCAUCGAGGAGUGCAUGGAGGACUGCUGCAAGCUUUGCCCGGAAGCGCAGUCCUCGGAGCAGAAAGAAGUCUUUGAAGAGCGGUGCAAAGACUAUGUCCGCGGGCGCAUUGAGUGCGCACCAAUUCCCUGUUUAUUUAUCAAGGAGGAGCCUGGACGUCAGCUGAUGAGCGGUUCCUUCCAGCCCCUUACCGACGAUGACUGGACGAUGCAAGCAUACAUGACCAGCGCUCAAAUGAUGAUGAAAGCUGUGCUGGACGGGGAUCUCGAGUGCAUACAUCGUUUGUGCUCAGGAGGCGAAGAUGCAGCUAGGAAGGUGCUGCUCAGCCGUGAUCAAUCGGGUCGGACCCCUUUGCAUCUGGCCAUUCUCGAGCGAAAGACCAAAGUCGCAGUCACACUUGUUUCGCUUGGUGCCCGUCUUACUUCCCGUCUCGCAGAUGGCAGAUCGGCCUUCAUUUUAGCUGCUGAGCAGGGCAACGCCACCGUUGUGCAAUCCAUGCUCAUGAGAAGCAACGCGAACGAAGCUGCAGCGUUGGAAAAGGAUGCCACGAAGAAGAAGCGCACACAAUCGGCCUCCGACGAUGCAGCCCAGAUAGUCAAGAAGCAGAGCGAGGAAAGUGAUGCUGAAGAUGAGGCUUCCGACGACGGAGAUCGACACUCUGCGAAUGAAGACCAGGAUUCAGAGGAUGACGAAGCUGUGCUUGUCAAGCGCCCAAACAAGUCGAGGAACGAGGAGGUUCAACAGGAAGGUAUUCCCCAAGAGGUCGAGACACCAGAUGUCAUCGCGCUCGAGGACUACGCUUGGGAUACUGGGCUGCCUGCCUUGCAUUACGCUGUGACGAGCGGAGACCCAGAAACAGUCAAGAUAUUGUUGGACGCAGGAGCAUCACCGAACAUGGCAGUAGCUGGGGUGCAUCCUCUCAUGGCUGCUGUGCUAAUUCCGGAAGACGAAGCUGCAAUCGUAGUGAUCAAAGUUUUGCUAGCAGCCGGCUCCUCCAGCUCAAGGAUGACGCUGCACAAAGCAAGUCGCAAUCAAGUCAAGUCGACCAUGCUUGCGUUCACGGCUUUCGUUCUGGCAGGGCGUCAGCGUUUGGUAGCAGCAUUGCUGGAGCUGGAUGCACAGCGUGCCGAAUUUGCAGCCACCUUUGCACUUUUUCAAGGUCGUUCUUACAGCGAUUUCGCUGUGACAUCUUCGCUGAGCCUCGCCCUCCUCACCGGUCAGCUCGGAACGGCCGCGUUGCUACUAGCUGCAGGUGCCAAAGCCCACAUCACGGGCGAAGAAUAUGGGGCCGGCCGCAAUUGCUCGCUUGUGCGGAAAGACAAUUAUAAUUAUGUACAGGCUAGCAGCCUUGUCACAACAAUCCAGCCCCUCGCAGCUUCGCUGCUGCAAGCCAAUCUGGGCUUCUACCUGCUUCUUGCUGCUGACAAUGAUCUCCCUAUCACCGCUCUGCCUCACAUGAUGCACCUCGGUAUCACUAAGAUAGAUGAGGAGACGGACCAGCCUGUCAAGCCCCUCUCCAUUCUCGAUGAGUUGGAUGGCUUGAUUCCGCCUGGAGAAGACGAGCGGAAUGCUGUACCGAAUGCGGAAAAGAUGGAAGGCCAGCCUCAAAAUUUGUACGAGUUCGCCCUCCGAAGCGCGCAGGACAAGGCGCGACUUCUCUCCCCGAAGAAGCAGACUCCAUCAAAUCAUCGAGCCCCGCUUCUGACAUUUGUGGCAGAAGCGCGAAGAGCAAUUUUACAGAGAGGCGCAAAGCCGUGGUCAGGUCUCGUUUUCGAGCCGCCACUCAAAGAUGAAGUGCAGUCUCAAUAUUUGCGUGGACGUAGACGGCUCUUUUACAACUCUGCGGACGCGAGCAAGAAGGUAGUCGAUGACUUGCUCUCCAGUGCUGACUCGCUUGGAGAGAGUCAAAUCCAGUUCUAUCUGCUCAAUGGCGGAACACACUACACGAUGCAGCGCAAUUCGCAGCCCGUUGCUGUCGCCCAGAUCGAUACCUGCCGCCGGGUUUUCGAUGCAGUAGUACGCGGAGAAAAUGAAACAGUGACGAAAUUGUUGCAACGAGAGGUUCCCGCAGCGAUCUGCUACGGUCUGCGAGGCCCGAGCACCAAGCAGACGCUACUUGAUGUUGCAGUGGGCUGCAGCAGGUGGCAAGUCGCCCAGACCAUUCUGCGCAUCAGCGCUCAGCAGUUUAAAAGGUCGGAGCAGCCCAAGACUUCUUACUCGAUGGGUUACAAUUAUGAUGAUAGUGACGAUGAAUCGAAUCUCGACAUUGUUGAAGACGAGCCCAAGAAGCAACUUGAUCAGGUUGACGAGGAUGCGGCAAAACCGCCUCAGAAGAGUUUGGAAUCCCUCACAUCUCCGACUGACCUCGUGGACAACAUUGACUGGAUUCCGGCGGUCAAGCGCGCCAUCGAGAAAGAUCCCGAGUCGACAGAUCGCAUCUGCGAGAUGGUGACGGCAGUCUCUGCAAGCACCAAGGACCCGUUCUUGGAAAGUAGUGGCGCCGGUCUCGUGCUGGGUCUUUCGCUCGCGCUGCUUUGCGAUAAACCGACAUUGUUCAAGCACUAUUUGGUACAUGCAGGUUGCUCAUUCGAACAGUUGAGGGUACUGCUUCGCACGACACGGUCGUAUCAGACCGCCGCCAGUGCCCAGCCAGAAAGCGAUGAGGAAGAGGAAGGUGAUGAGAUCCUGAUUGCGCAAAGCGCGAACUCUUACUAUCCAGGGCUUCUCGUGCACGGAAGGCGCAAGCGUGAUUGGGCCAGAGAAGGUCCGACCAGAAGCAGCAUGGGAAAUGCUGCAAUACUUCCGUCACGUUUGCUCGAGCUCGCGAGCAGAUAUCAAGCGCACGAGUGUAUCAGGUGGCUGGCUCAAGAUAAUUACUCAAACGUUCGUUGCCUAUUGUCGGCGCGUAUCGAGGCCAUCAAGAACGAUUUGAAAGAGGGCCUCGCGGACGGCGAUGCGCAGCGUAAGCUUCACACAGAACUACGAUCGCUCGCUCAAUUUGACUUGGAGUCCGAGCAGCACUUGGCUAUGAUCAUAGGCGCCACUGUGGACGACGUUGAUAAGUAUCUCUCGCCAAUCGGAAGCGCCGCAUCGCCCAUCAGACCUAGCAGGCGCUUGGACACUUUCGAGUUGCUGCAUCAGCUAUUUCCCUCUCUCACACCCUCGUGGGUGGAGUCACCGCUACGCGGCGACGUAGAUUCAAAGUUUGCUCCGUACUUCUAUGUGUUGCGCGAGUUCCUUCGCAAGACGGAGGUCUCAGCAGAAGAUCUUCGCUGCUUCAAGAACGAACUGGAAUGGCUGGUCAAACAUGGCACCGACCCGCUCGCAAUGGAUGAUGAAGGUCUAAAUGCUCUCCACACACUGGUACGAACCGCCAUUCCUGGUAUUGCUUUGCAAGCAUUUGCUGCGAUGCAGGAUGCGCUGGGCAGAGACGUCAUCUGUCAUCUAGUGUCGCAAAGUCCGCUUUCCGGGCCAAGACGAGGCAGCACACCUCUGCACGAGCUUCUCUCGUCCAAACAUCUCGAUGAGCUGCAGGACGGUCAGAACAUCAAUUCGUCCAGCGUAGCGAAGGACGGCCUAGCUGCGGAACUGCUCGCCUUGCCCGACGAGGCGGUAGCCAGAGCUCUGAAGACUAGAGACGUAGCUGGCUGCACGCCUCUGGCUCUCGCGAUCAACAAUGUGCACGCUGUUGGGACCCGCACCCUCUUGUCUAAGUGCAAAAGUCUCGAUUUGCUCGACCUUUUGAGAUGGGAGGAUGUGGUGGGAGAUCUGCCCGGCGAGAAGCUGAGGCGAAAGAUGAUUCAGCGAUCAGUGAAUCACGAAACGACAGACAGAAGCAUCCCUCGCUGGCCUGAUGUUUGCGAUCUGCGAAACGGAGUGCUGAGUUGGAAAGAGUAUCAAGAGCGCUUGGCCGCGCGAGGCAAGGAGGCGCUGCACCGCAACGUGCCAGGGCAGAUCGCAGAUCUGAAAUCUGCCCUCGCACUCUCACCUACUAUGAGCCCUGAACUAUCGAGCGCAUGCGGAGCAAUCAUCAACAAGCUCGAAGAUCAGCUUCAGCAAUUUGGAAGCGCAGAAGCCGACCUGAAAGACUUUGACGGCGUUCCUGGCCUGGACAUCGUGGAUCUGGUGCUGCAACACACGCCCAAGGGAUCUCCUCGAAUCCUCAUACCAGCGUCAGAAGUUCAGUAUGCCACCAAGGCUUUACUCGAUAAAUCUGACUGCCGCUACAAGGUGUCUAUAUCCGACGAGCAGGACUAGACUCAGUCUUAGCUUGUCGGUCAUGUCGACCGCGCCACGAUGAUGAGCGAGCAAGCGCCCUCCUGCUCCGGCUCGCUGCGGCGGCAGAUCGCCUGAUCCGAUAGUGUCGAACUGCUAAGUAGUGUGCAGCAUUCAUGGGAAUUCGCCUGGUUCUGUGCCGUUCCCCCAUAUAUGUCGUGGUAUGAAAUUGAUGGCAUCAUCAGUUGCGAGGG